AUGUCCCACUCCAAGCGCAACACCUCCCUCGCGUACUUCACCUCUCAUGAGCGCUCACUCCUCCGCUCAACAUGGGGCACACAAUCCACGCGCCUCACGCGCGAGAGUUUCCUCCCCUUUGGAUUCUGUCGAUUAUGCCUAUCUUACGCGCGCGAUCCCGUAUGUUGUUCGGGCGUUGGCGGUGGUGGGAGCGAAAUCAAGUCGAACACCGAGAAAGACAAAUCCAAUCCCAGACCCCAAGUCCACCUAUUUUGCCGCGAAUGCGCCCUCAACGACAUGAUAUCCCAGCGGCGAGAAAUUCGGCGUCUCGAACGUGAAACCCAGCUUCGAGAGCGCGAAGCCCUCGAAGCACAGGCUAUGGAGGCGGAACAGCGACAACAGAAGGAACUCCAGCGCUUUGAGCGGAACGAACUGGGGUUUGAGGAUGAGGCGGCGGCGAAAAAGAACAAGAGGAAGAGGGGAGCGCACGACGCGGACGAUGGCGACGACGACGACGACGACGACGAUGAUGACCACCAUGGGAAUGCAUCAAGAACUCAAGACAAAAGUAACAGCAGUAGUUUCUGGAUCCCCAGCGUCGCCACUGCUACGGCCGCGACGAACUCGAACUCGAAAUCUUCCCUUAAAACCUCAAAGCCCAAGAAAGUCCAUCCUAUAUGUCCGGCCUCAACGCCACACACGCAGCAUACAUACUCCCUAAAAUCGCUCAUCUCCGUAACGUUCAGUCUCAGCGACUCCGAUGCUCGGGGAACGCGUACCGGUGGCGAGGGCAGCCCAGCGGACCAGGACCACGACCAAACAAGCAGAAUAUGUCCCUCGUGUAAGAAGGUGUUGACGAAUACUUCGCGCCCUGUGCUCGGCACGGCGGAGCAGUGCGGACACGUCAUUUGUGGGAGUUGUGCGGAUUUGUUAUUCCAGACACGUCAGGGUGCGGGCAGUGCUGCGGACGACAGAAAGCCCACGCCCGCGCCGAGAACCGUCAUCAGGUGCUUCGUAUGUGAUGCGGAUUUGAGCGGCAUGGAUGAUGGAGGAGAUGGAGAAGGAGAAGACGAAGACGAAGACACCACCGAUGGGAAGCACAAGCACAGGCAUAAGAACGCCAAACUCAACCACCACACGCAUACGGACAAAGCCAAAGAGAAAGAGAGAGAGAAAGAUGAUGCCAAAGCCGAAACCAAAACCAAAACCAAAACCAAAACCAAAACCAAAACCAAAACCAGACCACACAGACAAGGCAGACUCGUCGAAAUCAGCUGCGAGGGAACGGGCUUCGCGGCGGGCGGAGGCUCUAGCAUGGCGAGGCGUGAAGGCGUGGCUUUUCGGUGUUGA